AUGGCCACCGUUGAGGUUGAACAAGUGAUUCCAGUUGCAGCAGCAGAGAACGUUGAGGUACCAACAAAGCCAGUGGAGGAGCCAGUGGUGGAAACGGAGCUUCCAGAAGAAGUCGUCGUCGCCGCCACAGAGUCUGCUCCUGCUCCGGCCGCAGUAACAGAACCAGAAACCGAAGCACCAGUCGUAGAAACGAGCAAAGAAGUGGUUGUGGAAGAGGCAGAGAACAAAGAUGAACAAACAGAGGAGCCAAAGGUAGAAAAGGAAGAAGAGAAGACAGAGGUGACAGAGACUCCGGUGGUUGCGGAGGAGGCGAAGAAAGAAGAGAAGGAGGAGGUGACAGAAACUCCGGCGGUUGUGAAAGAGGAGAAGAAGACUGAGGCAGAGGAAGUUGUGGCUGCAGUGGAAGUCGCCGACGAGAAGGCCGAGGAGUAA